UCGACGACCAAGAGACUCGUACGUAUGUGCUGUUGACGUUCGACGACAUUCGGUAGCGAACGCUGCUAAACAAUAUAAUAUUUGUCCUUUUUAUGUGAAUAACACGUGAGAAAGAGAGGGAGUAAUACUACACUCCAACUGGAUAAAACUACGGGUGUGUUAUCACACGGGGGUUCUCAAUACUAUUAUCAUACACUCACGAGAGUGUGAGUAGUGUCUACCACCGAUUUCUGGAUACUCGGAUCUCUCUUAGUGGCUUUUUCGUAAGAAAAAGUUACCGAUAUCUACAAUGAUUGACUUUGAUAUGUGAUACUUGAUAACAUAUAUUAUCAGCUACAUUCAAUACUGUUUAGAUUUGAAUGAUUUACACGUGUAUACCUUUAAAUCUUUGACAUUGAAGCAGAGCUAAAUAAUUAGCAAUAACAAGUGUGAUUCAAAGACAUCAAUAACACAUUGGGCUUAAUACGAGCCAAAGUUGAUUACUGAGUAAAUUGUCGCUGGGACUGGCACGAAUGGUGUCGCAUGAUUGACUGGGGAGAUAGCUUGAACAGAGAAGGAUACCGAAAUAGGGGGAUAAAGUUUAUUGCAGUGAAGAGAUAGUAGAGGAGGGAGAAAUAUUGUUGCGUAGACAGCUGGUCCUGCUGAGUAGACCGUCCGGUCUGUUUCUCUGUGCCGAAUGACAAAGCUAAUGAAUACUUGAAUAAUAUAUAGUAUAUUAUUAUUCCAUGUGCUGAACAUAUUUUCAAGUAAUUACUUUUAAGAUAAAACAAGAAAAGACUUUCAAUUGACAAGAUGUUCAAGUUAUUAAGUGGUCUCGCUGAGUAUUUAAAAUGGCAAGACAUCAAAACAGAUUCCAUGGUCUUUCGAAUGCACAAUAUCUUCACAACAGUGUUGUUACUCACGUGUUCGCUAAUCAUCACGGCCACCCAGUACGUCGGUAACCCAAUAGAAUGUAUCGUCGGCAAGAGUCUACCAAAGGGCGCCGUCAACACCUACUGCUGGAUCACCUCCACCUUUACCAUGCCCGACGCUUUCAGCCGUCAGGUUGGACUGGAAGUCGCUCAUCCUGGUGUAUCUAAUGAUUUCGAUGAGACUGGAGCAAGGAAAUAUUACACUUAUUAUCAAUGGGUUUGCUUCGUCUUGUUCUUUCAGGCGAUGUUUUGUUAUCUUCCACACUGGCUUUGGAAUCUCUGGGAAGGUGGUUUAGCAAGUACACUUGUUAUGGGUUUGAACCAUACUUUAGAAAAUGAAGAAGCCAUUUGUAAGAAGAAAAAUUGUCUAAUGGAUUAUCUGGUGAAUCAUAUACAGAGGCACAAUAUGUACGUCUACCGGUACUUCAUAUGUGAAGCAUUGUGUGUUAUAAACAUUUUCGUCCAACUGUAUCUAAUGAAUCGUUUCUUCGAUGGAGAGUUUUUGAGUUACGGAUUGCGUGUUCUUCAAUUCUCAGAUAUUCCUCAAGAGCAACGAAUUGAUCCAAUGGUCUACGUCUUUCCAAGAGUGACGAAGUGUAUUUUCCAUAAAUAUGGUGCAUCUGGAUCCAUUCAAAAGCAUGAUUCUCUUUGUAUUUUGCCACUGAAUAUCGUUAAUGAGAAGACCUAUAUCUUCAUCUGGUUUUGGUACAUCAUCCUAGCAGUUUUCUUGGUUGGUCUAGUGCUCUACAGAGCAGCAAUUAUUUUCACACCAUCCAUUAGACCCAGAUUACUUCAAAUGAAUGGUAGAUUCUUGUCUAUUGAAACAUGUCAGAAUAUCAGCAAGAAAGUGGAUCUUGGAGAUUGGUGGCUACUAUAUAUAUUGGCUUCAAACAUGGAUUCACUUGUUUAUAAAGACCUCUUAGAAGAACUGACCAAAAAAGUUGGUAAUUCAUCGUCUGUUAAUGCUUAGUGUGUCCUUUUUCAGAGUUGAGGAGUAACGAGAUUAAACUGCGAGUUAGCUUGAUUAUUCUUUUUAUCAGUUCUGUGAAUAUCAAGUGCUAACAAUGCAGUCAAUAAGCUUUAGAUAAUUUUUUUAAAGCUUCCAUGAUAUUAUUAGGCCAAUAGGUAUUUUUUAUAUAAUAUAUAAAUAUAUAUUUUAUAUACCUUAUUAAAACACUGAGCUUAAUAAUUACUUUCUAGGAUAUUGGAAAUUCUUCGAUGGAAUAAUUUAAUUAUUGAGAAUUUUCAAUAAGACAUUUUUCAAUAUUAGUUUUUUUUAUGCGAAAUUAUUAAGCAAAAUCAAUCGCAUUCUCAUUAUUUAUGUCGAUGUCGAUAUUAUUUCUAAAUAAUUAUGAAUUAGUUUUGUAAUGUGAUGUUAAAAGAAUUAAUUUAGUAUAAAGAAUUAUCUCAUGAAUUAUGGGAAAAUUUUCAAUAAGAAAAUUUUUUUAUUGUCGACUUUCUUAUUUUUUGAAAAUAAAUUUAGAUCUCAGUGUAAAUGAUAACAUUUAUAUAAAUCUUGUAUACUGCACAUUCGAGAGAUCUGCUCAGUAGAAUCAAGAAAUGUCAUGAGACAGAUAAAUAUAUUCAGAAGAGCAUUAUAUUUAUUUCGCUGUUUGGAGAAAUUAAGAUUAUCUUUGUAGAGUUGCUCAACUUAUUUUUUUUCUUGACACUAUUAAUUAUUACUUUAUUUCAACAGAUUUGUACUGACAUUUAUAGCACACAAGAAUAUUUAAACUGCGAAAUACGAAUUUUUUUCGAUACAUUUUUGUAUAACAGAGAUAGGGAGACUGAGACUGAAAAGAUAUACCAGAGUGGCACAAAAAAUUUUAUAUUUUGUACUAAAGACAAAAAAAUAGGCCUGAUAAAUAAGAAAUAAUUAGAUAAUAAAAAGACCACAAAACAAAAGGCUGGUUUUCCCUAAAUAUAUCAUUCAUUGUUCUGUUAUUUUAACAAAUAUUAUUGUUCUAUUUAAUCUCAGCAAUUAUCUACCUACUUGUGUUCUGAGAGUUCAAGUAUUGAUUAACGUUAAAGAGAGAAAGAGAGUUAUAAAUAGAUAAUUCAUUCUGCAAAUUGAAGCACAUCAUAGAGAAUCUCAAAUAUUUUUCAUAACUAAUUCAAGGCAAACCAUUGUGAUACGAUACAUUUCAUUGCAAAACAAUUAUAAAAAUAAUUUUGUAAUCAAUAUUAUAAUAAUAUUAAAAAUUUACAAGAGUACUGGUAUUUUUUUAAUAGAAAGUCGGGUCUUCAUGGUCCAUUAGUUAGCCACAAAAGAUAUAUAAUUAUCUAUAUGUUAAGACAAAAAAAUAUUCCUAGUAUUAGUACAGACAUAAUGUAGUUGUAAGGAAAAUUAAAUAGUGAAAUCGUAAAGAGUAAAGUCUACUACAUGAAUUAUAUAGUAUAUAAAUUCUUGUGUACAUUUUUUCUCUAACGUAAAUAGCUGAGUGAUCAUUUGUGCUCUGAAUAAAGUCUAUUGAAUAGAAACGAUCGACUAUGCUAAGGCACUAAGGCAGCAGAUGACCAAUUAUGGGAUAACGAGCGUAAAUUAUCUGUCGGUUGAAAGAGAAAAAUAUAUUUCCCAGAAAAUAUAUUAUAGAAUGCUUACAAUAGCUAUACAAAAGCCAAUAAUAGUGUUUUUAAUGAAUCCCUGAUAUGGGUAAAUAAAAUAAAAUUCAGCAAAAA